GGGUGAUCCCAACUUCCGGUGAAAGAGGAGAAGUGUCUCACACGAUUACUCUGACAAGGCCUGUCGUUACUCACCCCUAGCUAGUUGAACGGGGUUUUGGUAAGAGUCAUGGCCCUGUAAUCGCCAAACAAGUCAGCUAAUUAACUUUUUAAAAAAGAAACUAGGAGACGUCCAACGUUGACGACGCUUUGACUAAAGACGCCACAUCGUCAGAGCCACAGGUUUGAACGGUACCCCGCGACUGCCAGCUAGUUAGCUAGCUAAAGACGCAGCUAGCUAUUCGCCAACCAAGCACCUCCAAAUUAGAUCCUGGUGUCUGUUUCAAGAUGUCAACUGCGGGGUUCAACUCACAGAACGGGACGGGGACGGGACAGGCAUAUGCGAAUGGUCCAUCACAGAAUCCAGUUGCCCUCCAGCAGCUGCCAGGGGUCAGCUAUGGCAUGACUCACCAACCAACCUACAAUCCAAUGCAGGCCAAAGCUCCCGCACCCCCCGGCCCUGGACUUUACCCCUCUGGGGCAUACCAGCCCAUUCCCCCGGUCAGUUCCUACCAGCCUGGCCCACCACUCACUUCCUACCCAGCUCCCCCAGGCCAGCCGUUGUUGACCAGGCCUCCACUGGGAAUUGCUCCAUCCCAUACCCCUCCUCAGUCUGCCAGCCCCAGUCCUGGUCCCAGGCUGCCCCCUGCACAAGCCACACCCCCCCCUCCCGCAGUGUCUUCUAGCAGCUACUACCCAAACCCCCAACAGCCACAGCCCAUGGCUCCAUCAUGGCAGUACAACACUGCUCCCCCACCGAUGGGGCCACCCGCUUCCAUGAGCACGCCUCCCCGCGGCCCUGUGGGAAAUCAUGUGAACCCAGCUUCAAGCGCGACUCUGCCGCCACCGCCACCACUGUCGUCGGCAGCAGCAGCUUACAGCUCUGCACCCCCACCGGCCCAUGUGUCCCAUAGUGCCACACAGCCUCCAGGCCCUGGGAUGCCCCCCACCUCUCUGCACGGAUACACCCAGCCAGGCACUGCCCCCCCACCAGUGAAUCCCAUGGCUCCCCACAAAUACCAACAAAACAGGCCUCCCUAUGGGCCCCCAACUACAGGACCCCCACCUACAGGCCCACCACCAGCCAUGAAACCCACACCACCUCCCACUGGACCCCCAAUGGCCAAUGCCACACCUCCAGCCCCCAAACCUGAUGGAACUGUGGCUGGCAAUGGCCCCCAAGCACCAAACAACUAUAAUCAUGUUGACAACAAAAUGGCUGGCCCGCCCCAGCCCGGACCACCUGGUCGGCACUUGGGCCAUUACCCCUCCCUCCCCCCUGGGUACCAGAACACCUCGGCUCCCCACAAUGCCACCUCCCCCAUGCACCCUGCGAUGCAAGCCGCCACGCAGCCUUACACUCAAGCACCUCAGCCAUACCAGCAGCCACAUGGUGGCCCAGGGCCGGCUCAGCUGAGCCCAUCCUUGGCGGCCAUGAGCCUCCAGUCCAGCACCCCAGAGGCCCUGAGAGUGGUCAACCUGCUGCAGGAGAGGAACCUGCUGCCACCAACCCCGAUCCCUGCACCAGCACCCUGCCUGCCCCAAGACCUGCAGAAGCUGAACUGCAACCCAGAGGUUUUCCGUUGUACGCUGACCAGCAUCCCUCAGACCCAGUCUCUGCUCAAUAAAGCCAAGAUGCCGCUGGGCCUGCUGCUCCACCCCUUCAAAGACCUCUCGCAACUUCCUGUGGUGACAUCCAGCACCAUUGUCAGAUGUCGGUCCUGCAGAACCUACAUCAACCCCUUCGUCUCUUUCCUGGACCAGAGGAGGUGGAAGUGCAACCUGUGCUACCGGGUCAAUGAUGUUCCAGAGGAGUUUAUGUACAACCCAGUCAGCAGAUCAUAUGGAGAGCCACACAAAAGACCUGAAGUCCAGAACGCCACUAUUGAGUUCAUUGCUCCUUCAGAAUACAUGCUGAGGCCACCGCAGCCUGCUGUUUACCUCUUCGUUCUGGACGUAUCCCACAAUGCAGUGGAGACAGGCUACCUGAAUGUGUUCUGCCAGUCGCUGCUGGAAAACAUCAAUGCGCUUCCUGGAGACUCGCGGACAAAGGUAGGCUUCAUCACCUUUGACAGCACCAUCCACUUCUACAACCUCCAGGAGGGACUUUCCCAGCCUCAGAUGCUCAUCGUGUCUGACAUCGAAGAUAUCUUUUUACCAACACCAGACAGCCUUCUAGUAAACCUCAACGAAUGCAAAGAACUUGUACAGGAUCUGCUGAAGAGUCUGCCAAAUUUAUUUGAAAAGACAAUGGAGACCCAGUCUGCCCUGGGAUCAGCUCUGCAAGCAGCCUUCAAGCUUCUGUCGCCCACCGGAGGGCGCAUGUCUGUAUUUCAGACACAACUGCCCAACCUUGGUGUAGGGGCACUCCAGUCCAGAGAGGACCCCAACCAGAGGGCAUCUGCCAAGGACAUCCAGCACUUAUCUCCAGCGACAGACUUCUACAAGAAGCUGGCUCUGGACUGCUCCGGCCAGCAGGUGGCUGUUGACCUGUUCCUGCUCAGCGCUCAGUACUGUGACUUGGCAUCGCUUGGCUGCAUAUCCAGAUACUCAGCAGGGAGCGUUUACUACUACCCUUCCUACCACCACCAGCACAACCCCGCUCAGGUGGAGCGCUUCCAGAAGGAUCUGAAGAGAUACUUAACCAGGAAGAUCGGCUUCGAGGCUGUCAUGAGGAUACGCUGCACCAAAGGUCUCUCCAUCCACACGUUCCACGGAAACUUCUUUGUGCGCUCCACGGAUCUGUUGUCUCUCCCUAACGUGAACCCAGACGCUGGCUUUGCAGUUCAGAUGUCCAUCGAGGAAAACCUGGACGAAAUGCAGGUUGUCUCCUUCCAGGCUGCCCUGCUUUACACCUCCAGUAAAGGCGAGAGGAGGAUCCGUGUCCAUACCCUAUGUCUUCCUGUGGUCAGUUCUCUCUCAGAUAUCUUUUCUGGGGCAGAUGUUCAGGCUAUUACUGGGCUGCUGGCUUGCAUGGCUGUGGAUCGUUCAGUGACAGCCAGCCUGAGUGACGCCAGAGAUGCGAUGACCAAUGCCGCCAUUGACUCGCUGACGUCGUAUCGUCAAUCUGUGUUGACCAUCCAGCAGCCCGGCCUGCUGGCCCCGGCCUGCCUCAGGCUCUUCCCCCUCUUCAUCCUUGCCCUGCUCAAACAGAAAGCCUUCAGGACAGGCACCAGCACCAGGCUGGAUGACCGGGUGUUUGCCAUGUGUCAGCUGAAGUACCAGCCACUGGCCUACGCCAUGCUGAUGAUCCACCCUGCUCUGUACCGUGUCGAUGAUCUGACCGAUGAGGGAGCUUUGAACAUCAACGAGCGGACCAUCCCUCAGCCCAGAGUGCUGCAGCUGUCUGUGGAGAAGCUCAGCAGGGAGGGAGCUUUCCUAAUGGAUGCUGGAAUAGUGAUGUACCUGUGGAUCGGACGAAACUGCCACCCCAACUUCCUCACACAAGUCCUGGGAGUCCCCAGCUAUGCUGCCGUGCCUGAUAACCUGUAUCUGCUCCCAGAGCUGGACACUGCUGAGUCACAGAGAACCAGAGCUUUCAUUGGCUGGCUGAGGGAUCAGAGGCCGUUCUACCCCUCUCUGCACGUCAUCAGGGACGAGAGCCAGCUGAAAGCCAGCUUCAUGCAGAACAUGAUCGAGGACCGAACAGAGUCAGCCCUGUCUUACUACGAGUUCCUGCUCCACCUCCAACAGCAAAUCUCCAAAUAAUCUUCAGUGGGACUGUGUGUGUGUGUGUGUGUGUGUGUGUGUGUGUGGGGGGGGGGGGGGGGGGGGUCGUCACUGAAGCACGGACGCGCAUCGGUCUAUGUGUGUGCAUAUAUAUGUAUAUGGUGUGUGUAUGUGAGCGUGCGUGUGUGAAAGCAGUAGGAGGCAGACUCAAGGAUGCCUUUUGCCCCAUUUCAGGCUGCGGUCCACCAUCUCUCUGAGGAAAACCUUCUGAGCUGAACUGAUGUGAAGCGUCACAAUCAAACUACGUGACGGACAGUGCGAGGACGGAGAGUGACAAAGAAUCGAUUCUGAUGCUUUUUGUUUUUUUUUGGCACUUUUUACCCAGCUGAAGCAAUGUGUUGGAAGGAGGAGGAAAAAAAAAAAAGCAAGAAAUCCACGACGAUGAUGAUGAUUAUGUACGUCAGCGAUCGAAUGGAUCAGUGUUUAUUCUCAUAGAACAAUGCUGUCUAACUAGGGUGUCUAUCAGAUAGUCACAGCAAGCGGAUGUGUGAAGUGUGAAAAGCGAAAAAGCACAGUCGUCCUUACUAAAACAAAUCAAACGUAUGUAUGUAUGUAUGUAUGUAUGUCUACUUAAGGUUAGGUUUAUAAGAUGGUUCGUAUGUCUGUGCUUAAAGACUGUUAUUGGGUGUCACCUGGAGUAUUUGUAUACUGAACACCUGAGCUCUAACACUCUAAUAUCGUACCUGAAGGACAGACCGUGUGCUUUUUAUUUCCCAGUUAUUAUAAUUGUGUCGAACAAAUCCGUAGACUCUGUUGUUAAAAGACAGACAUGUUGAAAAGGUGUUUGAAGGUGGGUCGACCUCACUGUCAUCGCUGCCUUGAAUGUGUGGACUCGGCAGUGGAAAGUUGUUUUCAUUGGUCUGAUCUGUCCUUCAGAAACUCUCUGUCAUCUUCUCUCUCUGGACAUGCAGAACACCUCUGAUGACAUCGCUGUUCUGUUUGUUAAUUUCUUUUUUUUUUCUGAUUGUUUAAUUUAUGAGACUCCCAAUCUGAUUAAAUUCUAUAAUUGCCUUGUAUGGGAACUCACUUUUUAUUAUUAAACCUCUGUUUAAAUACAGACUCUAUAUAUGAAAUAUUUUAAUAUAAUAGGAUAUGGGAAAUUCUUUAACACAGACAUAACAAAGCCAUUGUGAUCUUUUAAUCAUGCUUAUUGAUACUUGUAUAUUGAAAAGACUGCAUUAUAUAAAGACGAAGAAAUGCUGAUGAUUUUAGUAUAAAAAUUAAGGUGAAAUGACGCUAAGAAAAUAAAAUGUUUGGGACUUUUUAAAUGUAGUUUGUGUUUUGGUGGGUGAACAGUGUUUAUUCAGUGAAGAUGAAGACUAUAAAACAGAACAUGGACCAGUACAGUCAAUAUUUCUCUUGACUGGGAUUGAAUUGAAGGUUUUUUUUGAUUUGGUCUGAUUUCAUACAGUUUGUAAUCUAUGUAUUAUAUAAGCAAAAAUGUAUUUAGGAGCAGAUGAAUAUGUUUUGGUCUUCAUGCACAAAAUUGUCUUUCAUAAAAAAAAAAAACCUGCUGAAAAUAAAAGUAGCCUGUGUUUGUACAGAGUAAA